AGAGAUCCCUAGUCCUCCCUAAAGCCUCCUCAGUUACCUUUUUUAAAAAAACAAUCACUCCUGUCGUCGCCGGAGAAGACGAAGAAAUCUCCUUCAGAUUCCGCCAUGAAAACAGAUCAAACCCCUCCUCCUGCUUUAGCUGUGCGCAUCAAAGAAGAGCAAUCCUACUCUUCUUCUUCUGGUGCGCCCAUGGAGAAACAGCCAUCUGCUCUUAGUACGCCCAUAAAAAUCGAACAAUGUGCUUCUCCUUCUGCUGCUGCCCUUCCUGCAUCACACGCUUCUUCUUCUGCUGCUGUUGCUGCUCCUUCAAUUCAAGCUUCUUCUGCCAUCAUCCCUGCGAUAGAAGCGGGCCCUGCAGCGAUGGCAGCAGGAGAUGCAGACCCGCCUCUCCUCAAAUCCGUCAGCAAUCUCCGCGGCCUCUCCUCCGCUCUCUUCACCUUCACCCUCCGAUUCGACGAGCUCCGCCUCCAUCUCAACUCCAUCAAGGACUCCAUCGACAAGAGAUCAAAGGAGCUUGAUACCGAAGAAACCUCGCAGGCCGAGCGAAAUCCGCCGUCCAAGAGCCUUGCAGAGCCGCCUCUUCCUGUGUUGGCCGAUCACCCUCCACCCAAGCUCGACGUCAUCUGCCAGAGCAUGCACGGGCGCACGCUCCGGAAAUACGUUGCCACCCGAUUGCCUCAAAUUCAGAUGCUCCGCGAGGAGGUUCCCGACGCACUGAAGCGGGCUGCGCCCGAACCGGCCCGCCUCGUCCUCGACUCCCUCUGCAGGUUCUAUAUCCAGGGCAGCAAGGCCUUUGCCGACCACAAAUCUAGGGCAGUCAUCCUCCGGCGCGCGUCCAUCCGUAUACUGGAAUUCUUCCUCCUCGCCGGGUGCCCCAAGGUCGAGCCUCCUGUCAAAGCUGAAGCUGAGAAGGCGGCGGAUGCUUGGAGGAACAGGCUCGUUCGAGAAGGCGGGAUCUCCACUGCUUACUCUGAGGAUGCCAUGGGGCUGCUCCUGCUUGUCGCUGCCUUCGGGCUUGCAUCGGUUUUCAGGACAGAUGACCUGUGCGUGCUGGUUCAGAUGUCUAAGGUAUGGAAGAGAGCUAUGGUGAUAUGCCGCUCACCUCAGAUCCUUGAAAUGAUUCAAGAUAUCAUUCCAUGGAUGGAGAAAAAUGGGAUGCAUACCGCAGCCGUUGGUCUUGUCUGCAAAUUGGAGCUCAAAGACAAGUUCUCCCCUCAGGCCAUGUUGUCAUCCUUCUUACGCGUAACUGAUAAAACUGCAAAGAAAAUGAGGAAAGAAGGACAGGGUUCGCCAGAAGCACUGCAGAAGGAAGUUUGUAAGAAGAAACUGGCCGCUCUGAAAUCAGUUGUCAAGUGUGUGGAGGACUUCAGGCUCAAUGCUGACGAGCUUGCUCAUUGGAAGAUCAAUGAGAAAAUUGCCACAUUAGAGAAACAUAUCUCAGACCUUGUUGUGAAGGCACAGGAAAGAGCAGCUCAGAAGAGGAAAGCCAAGGAGCUAGGGUCCUCAGAGAAUGCAAAACAUCUAGCAGCUAAGCGUCAUCAGCCUAAUACUGUAAACACACCGUUCCCAGGACAACCUACACCUGCAGUUGUGCCAUCUCCACCACAGCCCAAGAUCUUGUUUGACCCUAAAUUCCCAGGCCUGGUCAAUGCAUACUCAGGUGCCUUGGUAAAACCUGCUGGGGCGCUUUCUGAUAGAAGCAGCAUGGGGCUGCUGACCACUAAUGUUCACAGCCCAUCAAUGAGAAUUGGUGGUGUGUUGCCAGCAGGAGUUGGACCAUUGACAGGUAGCGAUCUUGGGCCAUCGACAUCAAGCGGUGUGGGUCCAUAUGCUGGGAUUGGUGGUGGGCUGCCAAUUGGAAACAGCAGCAGGCCAUUUGUAGACAACGGGAUCAGGUCAUAUGAGUGGCACAGGGAAGGAGCCUUCAACAGCCACUCAGUUGGGCAGAGCUUAUUAGGUGGAUUCCUGCCUUCAGCUGUGCCGCAAAGCUUACCAGAGCCGUCUGCAUCGAUGCUGCCAUCCCACAGGGACCCAGGAAAUCUAUAUCAGUUUGCUGACAUUGUUUUGGAAGGUGAAUCAUAUUAUGGCAGCUCUCGCAUGGGCAAUGUGGCACCAGCAGCAGCAGCAGCUCAGGCACCCGUCUAUCAUCACCAUCCGUACUAUUAAAUGUGUAGGGUCCAUUUCUGCCAUUUGGAUCAGUACCCACAUUUGCAUGCUCCACAGAGAAUAUCAGCUUUGGAAGAGUCUGAAUUGGGUGGGAUGUUUCUACCUGCUCACCCAUCUAUUAUAGGCAACUCCCAAAGGAGAUUUGGGCCUCUUUUGCUUCUUUCAGACAGCCAUCUUUGGAAAUCUGGAUAUCCGUGUAACCAAUGUUUUGGCCACAUCAGCUCCUUCAUGUUCUCCUGCAAGAUGGACAUUUGAAAUUUACUUGAAAGGAGUAAGGUUACCGUCUUGAUUUGGGGGUUUUCUCCCAAACUGGCAUGCGAAAUCGAAUGGAGGCUAUCCAUGGCCAGCCAGAGUACUGAUUGUGCAGAAAACAAGAUGUCCAAAGGCACAUCUUCCAUACAAAGUCAAAGUUGGCAACGAGAUGUAAAUGUUAGAUUAGUAUUCUGUGCCUUAACAUUGAUGAGUUGAGUGCAACUGAUUUCUAUC